AAAGUUCACCCUUCCGUCUUCACCAGCUCGUGCUCGCCGCGUCGUUCGUCGCCAUGGGGAGAAGGCCAGCAAGGUGUUACCGUCAGAUCAAGAACAAGCCCUACCCGAAAUCCCGAUUCUGUCGUGGUGUCCCGGACCCCAAAAUCAGGAUCUACGAUGUGGGGAUGAAGAAGAAGGGAGUCGAUGAGUUCCCCUUCUGCGUCCACUUGGUGUCGUGGGAGAAGGAGAAUGUCUCCAGUGAGGCUCUUGAGGCUGCCCGUAUUGCCUGCAAUAAGUACAUGACCAAAACUGCCGGCAAAGAUGCCUUCCAUUUGAGGGUCCGUGUCCACCCUUUCCAUGUCCUGCGUAUUAACAAGAUGCUUUCGUGCGCUGGAGCUGAUAGGCUCCAGACUGGUAUGAGGGGUGCCUUCGGUAAGCCGCAGGGUGUCUGCGCCAGGGUGGCGAUUGGGCAGGUUCUCCUGUCGGUCCGCUGCAAGGACAACAACAGCAAUCAUGCCCAGGAGGCUCUUCGACGUGCCAAGUUCAAGUUCCCUGGUCGUCAGAAGAUCAUUGUCAGCAGGAAAUGGGGCUUUACCAAGUUCAAUCGUGCGGACUACGUGAGAUUGAAGCAAGAGCAGAGGAUUCUGCCUGAUGGUGUCAAUGCUAAGCUUCUUGGAUGCCAUGGACCAUUAGCGAAACGUGCCCCCGGACAAGCCUUCUUGACUUCUGCUGUCAACGCUUAGAACUGUGUUUUCCCCUUCUAUAGCAGUUGAUCGUCCAGAGGAACAUCAUAGUCUUUUCAGCUUUUUUUCUGUUGUGUUGAAUUCCCUUUGCCGUUUCUUAUAUCAGGAUUCUGCAAGACGUUGGUUUAUUGUUGUCUUUGUCACUAGUCUGAAGACUGAAAGGUUGUAGUGGCAAUGCAAACUCUGUACUUCUGUUUCUGUUCUCACCCUAUUAUGGAACAUGUUCACCAUCCUUUUGCUUCAAGUUCAUCGUCAUAAUAGCUACAAAAACAGGAAGCAUUUGCAUUGGGUUUUCUUGCUCGGAAGAUCCAUUUCCUCUUUGCUCGACAUGCGUGGUUGAACCUGGUUCAACCUCUAUCGGUCAUAAAACUGGUAUGACACCAUCGAUAUAAUUGGCAUGAUUGAUAUAUGAAUCUUCCAGUAUCUUAGUGAAUUUAAUUGGGGGUCGUUUGCUUCAUGGAUUUAUAAACGAGGGUUUUGUAAUUUAAAAACCCAAGGAUUUAUCAAGGAUUUGAGGCAUCAUGGAUUUGUAACAAUCCUUUGUUUGUUGGGAUGUUUUUAUCAUGGAUUUAAAGGUGUGGGAUUUACUACUUGAAAUCAAAAAUUACAUUAUUGCCAUUUUCUAUAUGUUUGACAUGUUUAUGAUAUGUACACAAAACAAGGACAAAACUUCAAAAUUACCUUACUAUCAUUUUCUAUAUGUUUGACAUGUUUAUGAUAUGUACACAAAACAAGGACAAUACAUACUAAUAAGCAUAAUGUUGCCACAUGGACAAUAAUAAUAAACGAGAAAAUUCCGUUUUAACUUUUAACGUAAUGUUGCCACAUGGACAAUAAUAAUGUUGCCACAUGGACAAUAAUAAUAAACGAGAAAAUUCCGUUUUAACUUCUAACUCAUGUUUGCUCAUUAAUUGAACGUUUAUAUUAUUCAUUUAUUGUUAAUUAUAAUGUAUAAUAGUUAAAUUUGAGGGCAACCUUGAAAUAUUAAAAGUGCAUGAGGGUAUAUGGGUAAAAUGUCAUCAAUGAUUUAUGCCAUAUUCCAAAUCCCACAUCAACAUGUGGGAUUUAUAAGUCCGUGGGGUCCACGGAUUUGGACCCUUAAAAUCCGUGGGUUCCACGGAUUUGGUCUCUAAAAAAGGUGCAAGCAAACAACGGAUUGUACCUAAAUCCUUGAUAGUUGUUUUUUUUUUUUGUACCAAAUCCUUGAAGCAAACGACCCCUUGAUAAAAGGUAAUUUAUAACUGGCAUGAUUGAUAUAUGAAUCUCCAAGUAUCUUAGUGAAUUUAAUAGAUAUAUGAAUCUCCAAGUAUCUUAGUGAAUUUAAUUGAUAAAAGGUAACUUAUUAU